AUGUCGGGCGCGUCGGUGACGAUGAACGUGAUGCUCGCCGUGCACUGCAAGCGCGCCGUGCCGCUGGACCUGCAUCGCCCCCUUAAGGCGUACAUCCGCUCGCAGUACUCCGACCGCCACGCCACCGACGCCGACGACGACCUCCAGCUGGUGCAAGCGUGGCGGCGCGAGAUUGAGAAAGGCAGCAGCGAGUCGCUGGAGGCGCGGCGCGAGGUGCUGCUCAAGUACAUGCGCGCGCUGACGGUGAUGUCGUCGCGCUUCCCCAUCGCGCCCGACACGCAGCACCUCAACCAGAUCAACUUCACGUGGUUCGACGCCUUCGCCAGCUCCAAAAAGGCGUCCCAGACGAACAUCCACUUCGAGCGCGCCGCCAUCGCCUUCAACAUCGCCGCCACGCUCUCGCAGAUCGCGCUGGCGGCGGACCGCUCCACGGCGGCGGGGCUCAAAGCGGCGUGCAACGCGUUCCAGGCGGCGGCGGGCGCGUUCGCGUACCUGCGCGACCACAUCAGCGGAAAGGCGCUGGCGGGCGGCGGAACGUGCACGACGGACAUCGCGGGCGAGACGGCGGGGAUGCUGGAGCGGCUGAUGCUGGGGCAGGCGCAGGAGUGCUUCUACGAGAAGGCGCUGGGCGAGGGCAAGCCCAACCAGAUCUGCGCGCGCAUCGCGCAGCAGGUGGCGAUGUUCUACGAGGAGGCGCACGCGGCGCUGCUGCUGCCGCCGCUGUCGGCGCACUUCGACCGGCAGUGGGUGGCGAACGUGCUGUUCAAGGCGCGCCACUUCCACGCGGAGGCGCUGUACCGCGCGGCGCUGGACCUGCACGCGCGCGAGGAGGUGGCGGAGGAGAUCGCGCGGCUGACGCACGCCAAGGCGCUGCUGGCGGAGGCGCGCAAGGGCAGCAAGGGCGUGAUGCAGCCGCUGGUGGACGCCGUGUUCAAGCUCGAGGGCCACGUGCUGGCCAACCUCGCCAAGGCCGAGGCGGAGAACGACCGCGUUUACCUCUACCGCGUCCCCGCCUACGCCUCGCUUCCGCCCAUCGCCGCCGCCGCGCUCGUGGCCGCCACGCCGCUGGCGCCGCAGCUGGACGCGACGGGCGAGCGGCUGCUGGCGGGGCUGGUGCCGGACGGCAGCGCCAAGGAGCUGUCGCGCUACACCGACAUGGUGGACGGCAUCAUCCGUAACCAGGUGGAGCGCAUGGAGCGCGAGAGCGAGGAGGCGAAGGCGCGGCUGCGCGAGCUGGCGGUGGCGGACGUGCUCGUGGCGCUGGACGGCGACCUCUCCGCUUUCGUGCCCGCCAAGCUGCGCGACGACGUGGAGGCCGUGCACGUGAGCGGGGGGCCCGCGGGGCUGCCGGGGGAGCUGGCGCAGCUGCACGACCUGCGGCGCGUGAACGAGGAGCUGCUGCUGGCCGCGGAGGAGACGCUGCAGCUGGAGGCCGCGGACGACGCCGCACUGCGCACGCAGUUCGGGUCGCGGUGGGCGCGGCCGCAGAGCAGCACGCUGACCAAGAGCCUCAAGGAGCGCGCCACGGCGUUCGCAGGCAACCUGAAGCAGGCCAAGGAGAGCGACGCGCGCAUCGAGCGCGACCUGCGCGACUGCUCCGACCUGCUGGGCGCGCUGGGCCACAGCAAGGUGGAGGACGCCCUGCCACGCAUAUCACGGCCCAUGCUGGCAGUGCACGGGGACGACCAUGCGCUCGUCGCCACCAUCCGCCAACUCCUUGCGGAGCUGGAGCGAGUGGGGGCGCAGAGGGCGGGGGUGGAGGAGGGGCUGCGGGAGAUGAGGGCGCGCGACAACAUCCUGCCCAAGCUGAUGAACGCGCCGGGGUCGCAGGAGGAGCUGUUCAAGAAGGAGGCGAGCAAGUACGACGCGCUGUGCCAGCAGGUGGACGCCAACAUCGCCCAGCAGCGCUCCUCCAUGCAGCAGCUCGAGGCGCAGUACCAGCUGUUCUCACAGGCAUUCAACAUCCCCGAGUGGAAAGCGGAGGUGGGUCGGGCGGUGAAGCGCAUGGAGGCGGCGGUGAGCAAGUACCAGGAGGUGCGCUCCAACCUGAAUGAGGGGCUCAAGUUCUACGUCGCCCUGCAGGACGCGAUAACAGCGUUGAAGCAGCAGUGCAGCGACUACGUGAUGACGCGCAACAUGCAGAAGGCCGACCUCAUCUCCGACCUGCAGCGCCACCUCGCCGGCCUCUCCCUGCGCGACCACACUCCCCCCGCCGCCGCCGCUCCCGCCCCUCGUGCUGCAGCCCCCCCUGCGCAGGUAGCAGCGCCGGCAGGGGGGAGGUCACCGGGGGAUGGUGCGUACCUGGGGGCACCGCAGGGGGCGGCAGCAGCGGGGGGGCAGGGCCGGCCCGUGAGCCCCAAGGGCGGAGGGGGCCCGCUGCAGUUCCUGCAGCAGCACCUGCCCUUCUUUAACAACCAGAACCAGCAGGCCCCGCCCCAGCAGCCCCAGCCCGUUGCCCCUGCAGGUGCUUAUGCACCCCCUGCUGCUCAACCCCCUCAGUAUGCAGCACCCGUGCCCCAGCAACAGCAGCCGCCGCCGCAGCAGCAGCAGCAUGGCGGCGGGCAAAUGGGGUACUACAGCCAAGCAGGCCCGCCCGCCCCUGGUGGCGCGGCCCCUGCUCCGUACUACAUGCCCGCGCCACAGCAGGCGGCAGCGGCGCCCCAUGGUGGGUACUACUCCACGGGGCAGCCCGCCCCCGCCCCCGCCCCCGUGUACGGGCAGCCGCCAGUGCAGCAGGGCGCGCAGGGGCAGGCGCAGUGGAGUGGAGGCUACCACCCCCAGGCGUACGGCUCCCAUGCACCGCAACAAAUGCCGCCGCCCAACCCCUACCAGUACCCCUCCUCUGGAGGUUACUGA